AUGCUCAUGAUAGCGGUGCAAAUUACGCUGCUCAAGGUUGCGCUCGACAAUCGGCCGCCCAGUGGUGAAAAGAACGGUCUGCAGCACAUACCCUUCGCGGGGCAUUCCCGCUCUGCUCUCGAAGAGCUACUGAGUGUUCGCCGCCCCUACGACUUCUGGCGCUGGUCCAACAGCAAGUCGUAUUUCGUCUUUCUGGGAUACUUCGCGGGGAGCCUCGCUGUCAUUCAGAUUCUGUUGCCGUGGCUAGCGUACAGUCCGGCGUACGUGGGGCUCCUGGGAUAUACGGGACUGGCCAUCGAGGCGACGCUGCCGCUGCCUCAAAUUUACAAGAACCACAGUGCGCGGAGCUGCAAGGGGUUUCGGGUCAGUGUGAUCAUCAAUUGGUUGAUGGGCGAUGCGAUGAAGAUGUGCUACUUUUUUGGGGCGAGCGAGCCGGUGCCCUGGCCGUUCAAGCUGUGUGGUAUGUUCCAGGCCGCAUGCGAUGCGUAUCUGGGUUUGCAGUUUUGGAUGUAUGGAAGCGAGAGGGGGAGUGCGAGGGACAUUCAGAUGGCGACGCCGGGGAAGAGUAUCCUAGGCUGA